CGUUUUCUGCAAGAUUGCCUUGUUGAUCACCUAAAAUGCAAAGUAUUUAACUACCUAAAUGUUCAUAAGAUUAGUGUUAGGAAAACAUUAAUCGUUGCAUCACGUGCUUCAACGGAGACCCUUCCCAUUCAAUUUCCGGCAGUAACCAUUUGAGACUGUGGGCGACUGGGCGUUAACGUGCACGUGAUUUUGAACUCGGCAACACAGAAGAGACCACGGCAGUUCGCUAACAACUUAAAACUAAAGUGUGAAUCUAUCAGGAUGUCAGACAGCGAGUCCAUUAAGAAAAUGUUGCGGUCUGUACUUCAGUCCAGCAAACACGGGGUGUCUUUUAGCACCCUGCAGGUAGAGUACCGGUCACUGUGCGGAGAGAGCAUCCCGCUGAAGAAGCUGGGCUACUCCAAGCUGGAAGACUACCUCACGAGCAUCCCCUCGGUCGUCCGCAUGGAUUACCGCAUGGGAGAGGUGAAAUGCUUUGCUGCAGUGUGUGGAGAGACGGCCCACAUUGCUGAGCUGGUGGCCAAGCAGAAGAAUGCCAAGAAGGCUGGCCGCUCCCAAUUCGUCAACUGCAAGAUGAGAUUCAAACCGUCCAACUCGUACAUGCUCAACGUGAGGCCACGGUCUAGUCUCCGCCAACCCAUAGUUGGUGGUGCCUCUAGCUGGAUAGCAAACCGCUCUCGGUCCGCUGCAGGCCACGGAGGCUACAGCGCCUCAGGAAGCUACAGCGCCUCAGGAGACUACAGGCAAUUGGGCCGAAGCUUCAGCUCUCACGUCCCUGUCCCAUACAGACAACCCGUUUUUCAUCAUGCUCCUCAACCAACUUACCAACCAGCCCCUCGAACAGCUGUAGAACAGUGUUUGGUGCCUGACAGGAAAGAGAAGAGCUUGGCAAACGUUCAGAAGCCCAGUGAACAUUUCACAGCAAAGCCUCCUGUAAAGUUCUCCAGCCUUGGUCAACCCAAGUCCGGUCUGUAUGACGUGGAGCUGAUGCAGAGCAGAAUAACUGAACUCCUGAUGAUGUACUUCAGUGGAUUGUGGCUGUCUAAACUACCAGCCGCCUACAGCAAUAUGUUCAGUCAGAUGCUCCACCCUCAGGUGCUCAUAGAUCUGGAAAAGUGGACCCACAUCGCUUUGGUGGAAAAAUCUCCCAACCGAUUGGACCGCCUCGUCUACCCUCCUCUGCCCCCUAAGACUAGUACUGUUCGUAAAAGUAGCACGACCAAUGGGGCUCCAGCACCACCCACCGAUUCAAGAAGUAUCACCAAACCUGUUUCUACCUGUCCCCCAACAUCCGACACAACUUCCUCCACCCCCCGCUGUCCUAUCCCUGUCCCUAAACCCAGUCCUUCCCCCUUAGCUAAGCCCACCUUCCUUUUUCCUCCACAAACUGCCACUUUCUCUCCAUGUAAACCAUUGUCUUCAGUCACAUUGCGCAGUCCUGCCCGAAACCCAGCACUUGCUCCACAUUUGCAGCCCUUUGUUGAUCUAGUCAAUCCCAAUGAUGGUGGAGAUAAUCACAACUUUCCUACAACUCCCCACAUCCAAAACACUCGUUCCUUCGCCCCUACCUGGACUUGCCUUGCAUCCACUAAAGCUCCUCCAUCAGCUUCUUCCCUCCAUCCUGGCCCUGAGAUUUUACCCCUUUUAAAGGUCACUUUCUCCCCUAACUCUGACCCUGUCCCUUGCCCUGCCUCGAAAGCUUCUGCUGAUGUUGUGUCUGCUGAGGUGCGUCAGAGAAUAAAGGAGAUUCUUUUAAAGUACAGUCAAGGUCUGUGGGCCCACGCUCUGCCCAAACUCUUGAUGGACACAUACAAGACGCCAUUCCCCGAACAGGUUCUGAACAACUUGUCUCUUCUGCUGGAUAUAUGUACUGUGGAGUACCCUGUUCCACAUGACAAGAAGAAGGCCAUCCUGUAUUACUCCAGUAAAGCCGACAUAAAAGCCGCAGACAGCCAGGAAAGCCAGCAGUGUAGACGCCGUCUCCUUCCCUCUGGUCUGGAGGUCCUGGGGUCUGCGGUGCCUCAAGGUCUGCUUCUUCCAGCGGAGCCGUACCCUUCUGUGCUCGUCACUGAGGCCAAGGGCAGCAAUGUUGUUACGUUAAGGUAUGUAGGUGAGAACUAUUCCAAUGCCCAGGAGGCCAUGGAGGAAGCAAUGCGCACGUUCUACAGCCAAGGCUCCACCCACCAUCCUCUGUCUAGACCUGUGAUUGGUCAGCUGGCAGCCGUCAGAGGGGAGGAUGGAGAGGACUUGGCAAGAGCUCAAGUCAUCGAGAUUCUGACCCUUAACAAGGUCAUGGUGUACUAUGUGGACCAUGGCUUCUCUGUGGAAACCAGCGGGACUAAUCUGCUGGAGCUGCACCAGGACUUCCUCUCUCUGCCCUUCCAGGCUUUCAAUGUUAGACUCGCAGGUCUCGAGGCAUUUGGCUCCCACGCACUGGUGGUGUCUUCUGUGGAGAAGUUGGUAGUCGGAAAAAUCCUGCUGAUGGAGACGUUGGAGCCAUGUCAAGAGAAUGAGACGCCUGUGGCCGUGCUGUACGACACGUCUCAGGAUGAUGACAUCAACAUCAACUCUGCCUGCCGGAAGGCUCUCCAGGACGACACCAUGAAAAACCCUCUGACUGUAAAUGCUACCUAUCAGGAUGUGUGUGUCACAAGUGUGUGUGCAGAUGGUAUCAUCUACUGCCAGCUGCCCUCCAGAGGAACCGCACGACUCAACAAGUUAAUGGAAGAAAUGGAGACCUUCUUCUUCUCCCAGAUGACGUCUGAUUUAUUGGUGUCCAGACCCUUCAGUGGCAAGUUCUGCCUAGCCCGUCACAAAGGAAUGUGGUCCAGAGUGGAGAUCACCAACAUUUUUGGCAACAGAGUGAUUGAGAUCGUCUUCAUCGACCUGGGUGUCCAGGCUACUAUAGAGGUCACUGAUCUCAGAGAGAUCCCCUCUCUUUUCCUGGAAAACGUCAUCAUCAUCCCACCACUGGCUAUGAAAUGUCGCCUGGCUGACCUCACAGUCCCAGAGGGAGACUGGAGCCCAGAGGCAGUCCGGUUUGUGAAGGAGGCUGUCCUGGGCUCUGAUGACUGUAAAAUGAAGAUCCACAAAUUAGACCAGCACAAAGGGGACUGUCUGAUCUACAUGUACCUCUUCAUUGGUGCUGACAGUCAGGAGCUGGACAAGAGCAUCAACCAUCAGCUGGCCAAGUCACAGCUGUGGCAGCAGCUCACAACACAGAACAACACAAUCACCAACAACAACACAAUCAUAAGCAACAAUGGCGGCUUGGAUUCAGGUCUGAGUGCUUUCGUGGAGAAGUUGACUCUGAGCAAUCCGGCUCCUUACCCCUUCGCCAAGACUUCAAGCCAAGCUCUUCUCGAGGCAGGGAACGGUCCUCCAGAUACGACCUCCAAAACUGGGAUGCAGCCCCUUCCCCUGCCUCCUUCACUGGACUUCCCCCAGCCUGGUCAGAAUAUGGAUGUGUUUGUGCCAGUGGCCUGCCACCCCGGUUACUUUGUGCUGCAGCAAUGGCAGGACCUGCAUAAGCUGGUGGUGUUGAUGGGGGAGAUGGUUCUUUAUUAUAACCAGUCGUCCAAGAUCGACUCCUCUGCCCCAAAUAUCGAGAAAGGAGGGAUCUACGCGACCAAAAUAGACAAGAAUUGGCAUCGCGUGCAGGUGAAGGGGAUUCUGGCCAACGGCUUGGUUUCUGUCUUCGAGUUGGACUACGGCAAACAUGAGCUGGUCCGCAGCAUUUUCCUCCGGCCUCUGAUCGAGGAAUUCAGACAGCUGCCCUUCCAGGCUAUCACUGCACAACUGGCAGGUACGACGCAGCGCCAGUGGUCGGAGGAGGCCUCCUUGUUGUUCAGGAACCACGUGGAGGACCGAGCGCUGGUCGCCCAGGUGGAGAGUGUGUGCGAGGUCAAAGGUGAGCUCUGGGAGCGCAGGUUGUCGGUUUACCUGGUGGACACUACAACUGAGGAGAGGGACCUGUGGAUUCACAGCCUGAUGGCCGACAUUGGCGGAGAGCUGUCGUCGGCUGCCUAGGACUUCUUAUCAUGCACCAUGGUAAACAAUUGUAUCUUUUCUGGUUCUUUUCAAAUGGUGAAAGUGAACUUUGAAAGCCAAAAGUUGCUUUCUCGGCCCUCUGUUUGUUUUCAGCGUUCUGGAUCGAUCUCCUAAUCCAAGACUUUGAAUAAACACUUUUGAAUGUUUCUGUAUUAUUGUUAAGGGCCAUGUCAACGUGAGACAGGAGGGGAUUUUUGAGUUACCUGUAUGUUGCAUGUUUUUUCUUUGUACUACUAAAUUCCACCAUCUGAUUUGUUCUCGUUUGCUGUGCUUAAUGCAUUCUGCUGUGUGGUUUACUUUACUAACCCUAACCCUUAAUUUUGUUAAUAUGUUUCUACAUUAAUCAAUAUUAAAUGACUUGACAGCCCAUCUACAUUUUUGUUUGAACCUCUCGGGAACAGCUUGAUUAUUGUGUGACUUGUCUGAGAAUAAGUUGUAAUGUUUUACGGUUUCAACAUUAAAGUUGUUGGUUAUCACACACAGCUGCUCCACUCUCAGGGCCUUCACACACUAACAUCAUCCAACAUGACUGUGGAGGUGAUGGAGACGCCCUCUGCCGGUGGAGAAAUUAUAAGACUGCAGUCACAGUACUGAAUCCUGAUUGGAUGACUGCAGGUCCUGGUUAAAAUGACUGGGAAGCUUUACAAUUCUCUCUAUUAUUCAUCUUUUUUAGUCCUUACUUACAGGGAAUACGUUUUGCGUAAUAAAAAAAAACCAUAAGAUUUUCCUUUUGUUUACCAAAUCUUAGAAAAGCAGAGUGUCUAAAGAUGAUUUGUGUAUUAAAGCUUUAGAAUUAAAAAGAUC